GCAGGAUGGCAGGCCGUCGUGCAGCAAUGAAAUCCAUCGACUGGCUGGCGUUUGCUGAGCGUCCACCCAACCAGAGGGGCAUGUUCAACGCGCUGAAGACUCGCAGUGAUGCCAUCUCUGCAAAACUAGUCUCACUGCCAGAGACUCCUGCCACCAUUGACUGGAGCCACUACAGGAGCACAGUGGCUAAAGCCGGGAUGGUUGAUGAGUUUGAAAAGAAGUUCCUAGCCAGAAGAUCCCUGAGCCUGUCGACACACAGACAAGCGCCAUCAAUGCACAGGAGGCUGAAUCUAAUAAAAGUGCAUCAGCCUACAUUGAAGGAUCUAAGGCCCGCAUCUGCUCAGUAUGAGCAAAAGCUGGAUAACUUCAAGAACAUGAUCCCCUUCGACCAGAUGACCAUUGAGGAUCUCAACCAUACCUUCCCUGAGACGAAGUUGGACAAGGUCAAAUACCCGUACUGGCCCCACAAGCCCAUUGCGGAUCUGUAAUACUUUUACCUGAAACUCACCUCACAAUAAAGUUUAUGUAUUGUAUAGAGAAA